AUGUCAGCGGCACCAACGUAUCAAUAUGGUGCUGAUAUGAGCCAACAAGCUCAGGGCGCUUUUGAUCCUCAGCUGGCGCAGAAACAAUAUGAGGCUUGGCAACAAUACUAUGCACAGGGUGGAGCGGCACCUCCGGUACAACAAGUUCAACCUGGCCAGGAGGCUUACUAUGACCAAACUGGUGCGUCUAUGCAGCAACCUGUCCAACAAGCGUAUGCUCAACCUGAUCCAUAUGGCAAUCCUCAAAUGGCUAUGGGUAGUCAGUAUGGCGCUCCUGCCGGAAAUGCUCCAGUUUUUCCUCCACCGCAAGCUAGUGCACCACCAAUGCAAGGACGUGGAGGUCCAGGUGGUUGGGGACCACCGCCACCUCAGGGUGGACCUCUUCCUUUGAAUUCGUUUGUUGGUGGACCACCUGCCGGUUAUCCUCCAUAUGGAGGCGGUUAUGGAAUGGAUCAACGUGGAGGAUGGGGACGUCAAGAUCGUGGCGGAAGAAACAGAUAUAAUGGAGGGUAUGCAAUUAUUUUUUUAUUUAUCUAA